AUGGCAUCUGCAAUCCUGAAGCGCACAGGCCCUUCUCUGUUCAAGUCAGCGACGGAUAGUCUCGGAAUCGGAGGAUCAUGGAGGUCCUAUGCGAAGGUUGCAGUUGGGACUGACAUAGUCUCGGCUGCACCUGAUGUUUCCCUCCAAAAAGCUCGGACCUGGGACGAAGGUGUUUCCUCAAAGUUUUCAACGACACCAAUAAAAGACAUUUUCAAGGGCAAGAAAGUUGUCAUCUUUGGUCUCCCUGGUGCAUACACAGGGGUUUGUUCGCAGCAGCACGUGCCUAGUUACAAAAACGUAAUUGAUAAGUUCAAGGCUAAAGGGAUUGAUUCUGUCAUAUGUGUGGCUGUUAAUGAUCCAUAUACUAUGAAUGCUUGGGCAGAGAAACUUCAAGCUAAAGAUGCUAUUGAAUUUUAUGGGGACUUUGAUGGGAGCCUUCACAAGAGCUUGGAGUUAGAUAAAGAUCUCUCUGUCGCUUUGCUAGGAAGUCGCUCUGAAAGAUGGUCCGCAUAUGUGGAAGAUGGAAAGGUGAAGGUUUUAAAUGUGGAGGAAGCUCCGUCUGACUUCAAGGUUUCUGGCGGGGAAGUCAUACUGGGACAAAUUUAA